AUGAAUGAUACCUUUUCCCUCACAGAGCUUCAGUUGGUGUUGAACCAUCUGAAGGACUCCUCUCCAGGUAUCGAUGGGAUCCCGUACUCUCUUUUAACUCACAUGGGCCCCACAUCCAAAAAAUAUUUCCUAGACAUAAUCAACUGUAUAUAUUCAACAGGGGCAGUUCCUGAUGACUGGAAAACCCAUAUCAUAAUACCUAUCCUUAAAACUGGAAAAGACCCCUCUACAGCCACUAGUUACCGUCCAAUAGCCAUUUCAUCCAUUCUAUUAAAGAUAAUGGAGCACCUCGUCAAAAACCGCCUAGAGUGGAUACUAGAAAAUAGAAGCAUCUUGCCUAAAAGCCAGUUUGGUUUUAGAAAGGGUUUGAGUACCUCUGACAGCCUCAGCCUUUUGAUUUCCAAUGUCAGACUUGCAUUUUCCCAAAACAACUUCCUUGUAGGUGUCUUCUUGGAUGUUUGCGCAGCUUACGAUAAUGUUAUACUUCAGCUGCUCAGGCAUAAGAUGCAUCAGCUGAGCAUCCCUGUGAGGAUAACGAACUUUGUGUCAAACCUUUAUUCAGGAAGACGUGUUCUAGUGCGCGUAGAGGGUAAUUUCAUGCCAGAGAGAUACAUCUGGAAAGGUCCUAUCCCAGAUGACUGGAAAACCCAUAUUAUUAUACCCAUUAUAAAGCCUGGAAAAGACCCCUCUUCAGCAUUAAAUUACCGCCCUAUUGCUAUCUCAUCAACCUUAUCUAAAGUCAUGGAACAUCUCGUAAAGAAUCGACUGGAGUGGAUAUUAGAAAAUAGGGGCAUUCUGUCAAGGACUCAAUUUGGUUUUAGAAAAGGUUUUAGCACAAUGGAUAGCCUUAGUAUCUUAGUAUCAGACAUAAGACUUGCUUUUUCCAACAAUGAGUAUCUUGUAGGCGUCUUUGUGGAUGUUCGUUCGGCCUACGAUGAUGUUAUUCUUCCGCUGCUCAGGCAGAAAAUGCAACAGCUGAACAUCCCGGAGAGAAUCACAAAUUUCGUGUCAAACCUGCUUUCGCAGAGGCGCAUAUUAGUUCGUUCUGAAGGCAAGCUCACAUCACCUAGACCUGUCUGGAAGGGAUUACCUCAAGGCUCAGUUCUGAGCCCCUUGUUAUACAGCCUUUAUACAUAUGAACUUGAUAGAUCUGUAAACUACUUAGCUAAUGUCCUACAGUAUGCUGAUGACUUAGUCUUAUAUGCAUCCGACAUUUCCUUUGACCAAGCAAUCUCCCGUCUAUCCCAAGCAGUUAAAUUCCUCAACUUUUGGCUUAUAGAACAUGGUUUGUCCAUUUCAGCUAGUAAGAGUAACUCAGUAGUAUUUACUAGACGAAGGUUUUCCCCAGAUGUGCCUAUCCAUAUUGAUGACUCUCUUAUACCUUCUCAGACUCAAGUGAAAUUUUUAGGAGUAUUUCUAGACAGUAAAAUGACAGACCAACUGCUGAAAUCUAUAUGGAUGAGCAGGCUGCCUCAUCAAGUGCAGGGCAUUUUAGUUGCUCAAAAGCAAGCUUCUCUGGAAGAUCUUGGAGAUUUAGCUGAUAAACUUCAUGAAAUUAAUCCCCAAUUAACAUCGGCAUACAAGCGCCGAGAGAAAUUACCUCCCACACAGCUAAAUCAGUUGUCUUUUAUAAGUCAAUUUUCGACUGAUAUCAAACACAUAAAGGGAGAUAACAACAUCGUGGCAUACACAAUGUCUCGAAUCGAGUCGAUAUCCCUCGAAGAGGACUACAUAGCAUUAUCAGUUUCUCAAGAAGGGGAUCCAGAAUUAAAGAAACAUGAGAAGAAUUCAUCACUGAGACUAGAAAAAGUCACCAUCCCUGGCACUUCGGUAACAGUCAUAUGCGACACCUCAACUGGCCGACCAAGACCAUUUCGCACACAUCCUUUUCGUCGUGCUGCUUUUAAUAAAUUGCACAACUUAAGUCACCCUGGCGUUCGAGCUACAGUUAAAUUAGUGUCGGAGCGCUAUGUUUGGCCAGAUAUGAAAAAGGAAUGCCGUGUGUGGGCUCGCUCAUGUCUAAACUGCCAGCGUAGUAAAGUGACGCGCCAUAUAAUUUCACCCACUGGUAAUUUCAACGGUCCUUCUGGAAGGUAUAGGCAUGUACAUAUUGACAUCAUAGGGCCGCUUGCACAUUCACACGGUUACACCUAUUGUCUUACUGCGAUCGACAGGUUCACGCGAUGGCCGGAAGCAUGGCCUAUAACAUCAAUAACUGCUGAAGAAGUUGGAGAAACUUUUGUUGCAGGCUGGAUAUCGCGUUUUGGAGUACCCAAUAUUAUGACCACUGACCAAGGAAGACAGUUCGAAUCUGCAUUUUUCUCGCGUCUAAUGAACCUCUGCGCAAAGAAACGUAUUCGAACCACUGGUUACCAUCCAUGUGCCAAUGGCAUGGUCGAAAGGAUGCAUCGACAAUUAAAGGCUGCGCUAAUGUGUCACUCUAAUACUUGGACGAAAGUAUUACCGCUCGUCCUCCUAGGAAUGAGAAGCACGCUCAAGGAGGAUAUAAAAACCUCAGCAGCAGAACUGGUGUAUGGAGAACCGCUACGUUUACCAGGUGAGCUAAUCGCACCUCAAAAGUUUACAAAUAAUCCUGCAGACGUAAUGGACUACGUAGCAGAUUUAAAAAGGAAAAUGGAAAUAUUACGUCUAAUUUCUGCAUCUCACCACACGCGGCCGUCUACAUUUAUUUUCAAGGAUCUCGCACCGACUACUCACGUUUUCCUUCGUGAUGAUGCAGUAAGGCGCCCUCUACAACCACCGUAUACGGGUCCUCACGCAGUUCUUCAGAGAAGAGACAAAACGCUGACCUUAGACGUCAAUGGUAGAAAGGUCACUGUAAGCAUUGAUCGUGUGAAGCCGCCUUACAUUGAAAAUAAUAAAUCAGGCAAACAAACUACUACUCCUGCGACCCCAGCAACCGCUAAUACUCCUCCUCCUAUAGUCCAACGUACCCGUAAUAACACAGUUACGCCAUCCGAUACUAGAGUAGUUAAAACAAGAUCUGGCAGAUGCGUCAGAUUUAGAAAUAUUUUAGAUAUUUAG